AUGUCACGAACUUUGGGUGUAGAGGCAGACAUUGCCUCUAGCUCAUCGCAGUCUACAAUUCAAGACGACAAGAAAACAUAUAAAAUCACAAACGAAAGCGCUGCCAGCCAAUCACCAUCAAUCAGCAGUGGAGAUCAUCACAGUGUAUUCUUUCCGCAGCACAAUGAUAUCGACACCACUAGUGGUUCCGCCCGCGGUCGAAGAAUAAAAGAGAAUGGAAAAGAAUGGCAAAGAACACCAAGUGUUGACCAUAAGUUCCGGUGGUCAUCACUUUGGCGAAGAGCCGAAAUCAACCCUGCCAAUGGGAAAAGUCUUACAUUCCCUCUUUUCAGAGUAUGGGACGACUUCUUCUCUCAAGCAUUUUGGCUCGCUACUCUGGGAUUUUUUGUGGCUUUUCUUUCUUGGUUUGCCUUCUCUCCGCUUGCUCCAGAGGCUGUGAAGGCGGAUCUAAACCUUACCCAAGAUCAAGUUACCAACUCCAACCUAGCUUCUCUUGGUGGCACGGCCGUUGUGCGUCUCAUUGCUGGCCCAGCUUGUGAUAAGUUUGGUCCUCGAAAAGUACUAGCCGCUCUACUCAUUUUGGGUGCAAUCCCAUCCGGCUUGGCGGCGUUGGUAACCAAUAUUGAAGGGCUGGAGGCGGUACGAUUUUUCAUCUCUAUCCUUGGAGGCACAUUUGUUCCAACCCAAGCGUAUACAACGACCUUUUUCGAUAAAUCUAUUGUUGGUACAGCUAACGCUUUUUCAGGCGGUUGGGGUAACCUAGGUGGUGGUGUAACUGUUGCUGUAAUGAUCGGGCUAUACCAGCGAUAUAUCGGGGCCGGCUACAGUUCCCACCUAGCUUGGCGUCUCUGCUUUGUUACGGUUCCCGUACCAUGCCUGAUCCUUGUCGCCGUCAUCAUUUUAAUGUUUGGAAAAGACCAGCCAGGUGGCAAAUGGUCAGCUCGCGGGAAGGUUCAAACCACUGUCAUGGAGGAAGGGCAAGAGAAACAAAACGGACUCGGACUUCAAGGAGCUGCCGCCCAAGAAGAAAUCAUUGUGGAUUCUGGCAACGAACUUGCACAAAAGCCCACCGACCCCAAGCCACAGAAUACAACAUCUGGAGAGCACCUUACUCUGGCUAGUGUUGAUAGUGCACAUUCUGAGCCGCUGACGCUGGCAGCGCUGUUCGCUAUCCUCAUUGAUCUCCGCGUCUGGGCGUGCGCUAUGUGCUAUUUACUCACGUUUGGUCUCGAAACAGCAAUGGACGCGGCUCUCCCUGGUUUAAUUUUUGGUUUGUUUGCCAGUGAGUCAUUUACCAUUGUCGAUGCCGCCUAUGCAGCAUCAACGUACGGUCUUAUGAACCUGUUUGCUCGGCCACUGGGUGGAAUUGUAUCAGACAUUCUCUACGCCCGAUUCGGGCUGCGCGCCAAGAUGUACUGGCUCCUUGCUACGGCUCUCUCACAAGGAAUUGCUAUGAUCGGCCUGGGAGUCUAUAUAAACAAAAAUCAGGCAACUAUCGGUGGUGUCAUUGGUUUCAUUGUAUUCAUUGCAAUUACUGGUUUUGCAGCCAACGGCGCGUGUUACUCAAUCUACGGCCAUCUGCGGCCGAAGAAUAUCGGUGCUGUUGCAGGCAUUGUUGGUGCCGGUGGCAAUAUUGGGGGUCUGUUUUACACCUUAAUAUUCAAGUACCAACCAGGAGUUCGCCUGCCACCAUCGCAGAUUCAUCCUGGGGGGUACAAUUCUCUAGGGAAAAAGUUUUGGAUUGCAGGGCUAUUCAACGCGGUGGCUGUAGUACCACUUUUCCUUGUGCGGUUGGGCGAUGCCGUAUGA